AUGGGUCUUUGGCGAAGGAAGAUCACUGUCAGUGACGACGAUGUCACUUCGGCCGCUCUGUUGACCAACAGACAGAGUCUCCUCCCAAACCUGCUAGUCACGAUCCUUUUUUUCUUGUGGGGAUUCGCGUACGGACUACUGGACACGCUGAAUUCGGAUUUCCAGGCGCUGCUCAACAUCACGGCUAGCAAGUCUGCCGGCCUGUCCGCUGCCUACUUUGGUGCCUACUUCCUGUGCCCGCUGACUAUAUCUGGCUGGAUCUUGCGACGAUAUGGCUUCCGUGUUACCUUCAUGACCGGGCUUGGUGUUCUCGCUGUGGGAUGCCUGCUCUUCUGGCCUUCUGGAGUGAAGCAAAGCUUUGGAGGCUUCUGCGGAUCUAUGUUUGUCGUGGGUAUGGGGCUUUCGACCCUCGAGACCGCUGCAGACCCAUUCCUCGCCAUCUGCGGUCCCCCCAAAUACUCCGAGAUCAGACUCAACCUCGCACAGGCCGUCCAAGGUGUCGGGUCCUUCGUCGCACCGCUCCUGGCGGCGCGCGUCUUCUUUACUUCAGCCGAUACGCAGCAGGGCCUGCAGCGAGUGCAGUGGACCUACCUUGGCGUGGCAUGUUUUGUCGCUCUCCUGAUCGUACUCUUCUGGCUUGCGCCUAUGCCCGAGAUUACUGACGCCGAUAUGUCUAUUCAAGAGGACGCCAUCGAGGCCCGUGACGUAGGGCCGCUGCGCAAACAAACAAAUCUCUUCCUCGCCGUCUGGUCUCAGUUCUGUUAUAUUGGGGCACAAGUUUCGGUGGCAAACUAUUUUAUCAAUUUCUCGUACGGUUCCAACAUGCUCGCCGUUGGCCAGGGCCUCUACGCCUUCAACCGAUUCGUCACGGGCUUCCUGCUCAUGAUCCCGGCCGUCAAGCCGCGAUACGUCAUGACUGUAUACCUCGCGCUGUGCUUCGUCUUUGUCGUCGCUGCCAUCACCACGACGGGCCACGCCUCCAUCGCCAUGCUGAUCAUGGUCCUGUUCUGGGAGUCCGCCUGCUUCGCCACUAUCUUCACCCUCGGCCUGCGCGGUCUGGGCCGCCACACAAAGCGCGGCGGCUCGUUCCUCGUGUCGGCCAUCUCGGGUGGCAUGGUCUUCCCUCCAAUCACCGGCGCCAUCGUGACAUACCACAAUGCCCACGUCGCCAUGACCAUCCCCAUGAUGGGCUAUAUCCUGGCCUUCAUCUACCCCGUCUAUGUCAACUUCUUCGCCAAGGACAUGCUGGAUAACCACCGUGCCACCGAGGUCGGCAUCCAACAUACCAAUGAGAAACAGCUUGAGCUGGAGCCGCAGGAGAGCAGGGUGGAAACCACGGCGGGCGAUGCCGACAUCAAGCCCGUGGCAGGGGGCACGGCGACGACGACGAGCGAGCCCACGGAGUUACAGGUCUGA